ACUAACAGCCAACUGUCUGAAUAGCGUCAUCCAACAGUCGCAUUCGACGUCAACGAGGCUGUGGGAAACUCACCAAGAAGUCUGGAACGCCCUCCUUCUGUUCUAUCAUUGACAGCUACCGCGACGACUCAAGGCGCCAAUUGGUGCCGCAUAUCACCCACCAUGGCCAACUUCAUCGCAACAGUCGAGGCCAUCAUGACACCCUCACUCGCCACAAUCAUUAUUGGAGCUAUCAUCGUCAUCGGCGCUCCUAUAAUUCUUCACCUCAUCCUCUCCUCAUCAAGGACAUAUACCGUGGCCCCUAGCGUCCUCCUUCUCGGUCCCGCCAACGCUGGCAAGACAUCACUUCUCACACUCUUUGAGCGCGGCACUUCUGGUACCGAGACGCAUACCUCCCAGGUGUCGCACGAUGUCGAGCUCAACGCUUCUACCGAUUCGGAGAACAAGCACUCUUACCGUAACCACGAUACUCACGAUGGUACAUAUACCAAGUUUUUACUCGUCGAUACUCCUGGGCAUGGAAAGCUGCGAAACGUGCCUAUGGGCAAGCUGAACCGCACCGAGAAACUGAAGGCAGUUGUCUUUGUGGUGGAUGCUGCUGCUAUUGGAGAGCCCGAGGUUCUUGCGCCCACCGCUGCGUACCUCUACGAUGUGCUGCUUUUCCUGCAGAAGCGCGCUACCAACGCCAAGGCCAAGGCUGCGAUCCCUAUUCUUAUCGCCGCCAACAAGAUGGAUCUCUUCACCGCUUUGCCAUCGACACUUGUCAAGUCUAACCUGGAAGCUGAGCUGACGAAAAUUCGUGCUUCGCGAAGCAAGGGACUGCUGGACUCGGGCGUCGGAUCUGAUGACAUUGGCUCGGAGGAGCAAGAUUCUUGGCUGGGCGAGUAUGGUUCCUCCAAGUUCAGUUUCAACCAGCUCCAAGAAUUCGACAUCGAUGUUGAUGUUCUCCCUGGAAACGUUACUGGCGAUGGUCCUGGUGCAGACAAGUGGUGGUGGUGGAUCGCUCAGCGGAUAUAAAACGUUAACGACCCAUACAUUACAACAGGGGGGAAACUGGAUGACACAAUUAUAUUAAUGACAUUUUUUAAU